GCUGGAAGUCCGCAGACUCGACCACAAUUUACGUCCGUGGGAAUUGCUCCCCAAAUACUUCCCCGCGGUUGAAGCUUGAUUUUAAUCCACUUUUAUGUUUUUUUUCGCGCUUAAGGCACGUACAAGUAAGCUAUAUCUAUUCUUAGGUCCUUCAAAUCAUUGUCAUCAAUUCUUGUUUGGAAUUUAUGUGGAUAAACAUGCUAAAUUCGCCAUGAGUUUGCGGGGUGUUUUGCGCGAAAUCGUACACUGGCAAGCCCAAGAGGAAGAAAAAGAAAUUGUUUCUUACUUUGACAAGAAAUGAAUUAUUGAGAAAAGAGCUCCAAAACUCCAAGAACAGGGGAUAAGGGUGUUUGGUUUGCGAUUUUGCUUCUUUAUGGCGCUCGUAGAGGAAAACGAAGUGGAAGCUUUGUAUCCCUUCUCCUACACUGCCGGCGAUGGCAGAAAGAUUGCUUUCGACACCGGGGAAAGAUUUGCGCUCUUAAACAAAUCAAACAACGACUGGUGGCAGGUCAAACGAAAUGGCGAGAAACCUAUGUACGUCCCCGCUAACUAUGUACGCGAAGUUGUUGAAGAUGCCGAAGAGAAUGCAGAAUAUUCAGAUACAGAUGAAGUCUCGAACGAACUUUGUAAUGACAAACUUGUUGAGCGAACUGCGUCGAGAGAGUCUAGUGAUUUCGUAAACAAUUCCAAUUCUCACCAUAUAUACGUCAACAUAAAUACAAAUGAACUGGAUAAUGAUCAACAAAAUGUGGUCAAGACGAAAACAUUGCCCGCGGGAGUACGAUCUUUAGCGAGGACACUUGAAAACAGCGGUGUCCCUCUCCGAGGUAGCAUUUCAUAUCCAAGUAAUAAGGUUCAAGAGAGACCAAAAUCUCAGUCCCUUCCUGUUGGCUGGGUACUAACAAAAGAUGAAGAUACUGGCCGACCAUAUUAUUAUAAUCCAAAGACCAAUGAGACAAGCUGGAAGCCUCCCAGAUCAAGUCGUUCAUGUAGUUCUCCUGCUACGCCCAGGAGAGAAACUACCCCAUUGGGUUGGCGAGUUGAGCGUGACCCUGAAACAGAUGAGCCUGUUUAUAUAAAUGAGGAGAAUAAUGAGGAGUGGAGUUCUUCUGCUGAUGAGAAAGGAAAAAUUUAUUAUUAUAAAUUGGAUGGCAGUGAGACAGCCUGGGACCUACCGGAGGUCCAACACCGCCAGUCCUUUGAGGCCCUAGAUGUGACCUACCGCAGAUCAAGAUCACCCCAACUUGCACAGCGAAUGUCAAAGACACGUUCUUUGUUGCCUAGAAACUCUAAGGCUUCUGAUUUCGAUCUUUUUGUGCCUCCACCACCUGUUCUUGACCCCUUGCAGACUGGAUUUUUUCGCUCUGGAUCUAUGGAAAGUGGAACAUCUACAGAGGAGACCUGGCCACCACCUCCACCUCCAACAGAGUUUGAUAACAUUUCCCAGGCUGUUCAGAAGCAAGGUCCCCUCAACCGCAAGAAGAUAGCAGACAGCGGGAACAAGAAAAUUAAGCGACCAUCGUGGAACAACACGUUUGUGGCUUUGUUCAAUUCUAACAUAGUCUUCUAUCGUGAUCAUAAGUCUGCAUCUCAGAAACCUGGGCUCCCACAUGGAAAACCUGAGAGUAGCUGUGAACUAAGAGGUGGUAACCUUGAAUGGGUGACAUCCUCAUCAACACGCAAGAAGAAUGCCUUCCAGAUCAGUACUGUGUCAGGGCUCCAGUUCCUGUUGCAGUCCGAUAACCAGACUUUGGCAAACGAGUGGUUCAGUGCCAUUGCAAACACGAUAACAAGACUGAACGAGGAAGACUCUUCUGUGGUCGGCUCAGUGCAAGAGAAAGCUGGGGUAGCGGCUUCUGGGAGCACCCAGCUUUGCGGAUACGAGAGUGACGAAGGUCUGGAUGAGCCGUCUACGCCAACCUCUCUCACCCCCGGGGGGAUAAUGCGCUCUUUCAGCAAGAGGAGAGCUUUAAGUGACGACCAAAAGACCAAAAUCAAAGACAAACUUCGCAAGUUAAUCUCCAGAAGACCCACGAUAGAGGAACUGGAGAAAAAGGGAAUCAUCAGAGAGCAAGUCUUCGGAUGUCCCAUCACUCAUCUGUGUGAGCGAGAGGGCACCACCAUACCGAUAUUCGUCUCCAAGUGCAUCAAUGCCAUAGAGAGCAGAGGACUCGAGUUUGAUGGGAUCUAUCGCGUCUGUGGGAACGUUGCACUAGUUCAGAGAAUACGCAUUAUGGUUGAUCAAGAGGAGCCUAUAGCACUGGGCGAGUCUCCCUUUGACGACAUCCACGCACUUGCCGGCUCACUAAAGCUAUACUUCCGGGAGAUGCCAGAACCACUCGUACCUUUCGAUUUCUUCAGCGGGUUCGUCGAAGCUAUCAAACAAAGCACAAGAAAUUCUAAGCUUGGUGCGCUUAAGAGCCUGGUAGGGCAGCUACCUCGAAUCAACUUCGACACACUCAAGUUGUUGCUUGGUCAUUUGCACAAGGUCAUGGGGUUUAGCGAAGUCAACCGUAUGCACGCCCAGAACUUAGCCAUCGUGUGGGGCCCAAACAUGAUGCGACCACGCUACGAUGCCGGCAACAUCGCUAUGAACAUGGUCUAUCAGAACCAAAUCGUCGAGUUCCUGCUCUUGGAAUACGACGAGAUUUUUAGAUAGGCGCGUGCGCAUGUCACGCAAUCUAGUGCCUUGGUGUUUGAGCUUUCACGAGGUCCGCAGGAAGAGUGGAUGGCGUGACUCUCUGACAAGUCACGCAAGUAUUCCCGAAUAAGAAGAGGGGCUGCGUCAAUGUGAUUCACCGAGCUCCGUGCCUCGACACUCAAUCAAACUCCAUACACUGUGUGUGGGUUGGAGACUGUUCCUGCACACCCACAAAAACUUUAUAAUCACCAGAGUAUCCUUGAUAUCAAAGAGAUUAAGUGAGAUAAAACAAAAUAGUAGAUGACGAUGUUUUAGAUAGACAUACAUAAAAUUGAAAUACUGCAAACAAAUCUUAAAUGCCGUGCAACUUAGCACACCCUUUUCUCCAGUGGAAAACAGACUUAGUUAUCCACAGAUAACCAAGCCGGUGAUAGUAGUUAGCCACAGAUAACCAAGCCGGUGAUAGUAGUUAUCCACAGAUAACCAAGCCGGUGAUAGUAGUUAUCCACAGAUAACCAAGCCGGUGAUAGUAGUUAUCCACAGAUAACCAAGCCGGUGAUAGUAGUUAGCCACAGAUAACCAAGCCGGUGAUAGUUUUUAUCCACAGAUAACCAAGCCGGUGAUAGUAGUUAGCCACAGAUAUAAAUAUGAAACCCUCGUGAAAUAAAGUUCAUUGUAUUGUAUAUAUACCCCCGGGAUAGUAGUUAUCAACAGAUAUACACAUCCGGUAGCAGAGAUAUGUUAUUCUUAUCUUUGUUGAGGCUACCGUUUAAGUAAUCGGAACUUUAUAUCAAAAACAUACAUCAGUCAUAUCAAUACAAACAAAUACAAUCGAUUUUAACAUCCA